AUGAAAUUGAUUACUGGAUUAUUAGUGUUUGCUUUUGCACUCGGUGCAUACUCUCAACAGGAAACAGUUUUAACUGUUCAGGAUGAGUUAGGACUUACACAUAGAUUCUUUGAAACCCUCAUGGGUCUCAAUCGUGGACAACUUUCUUCAUACAUUUACCGCGUCACACGUGCAGUAUUAGAUUCUCAUAUGGAAACAUACGAAUUCAUUUUCGUUAAUGGUGCUGAAGCUAGAGAGGAAAUCAAUAGCUUACAACCACAAAAUCCAGGACAAGAAGCAUGUAUUAAUCAAUGGAGAAAUCGUUUUGAACUCCAAAAACAAAGAUUUGGUCAACGUUUGGCUCGUUGUUUAGGAAACGUACAUAACUACUUGUCAACAUGGAAUACUGUUGUCAAUGGUCUUCAUGGUAAUGGACAAUCACAAGCAUCUCAAGUUCAGAAUAUCGGUUUCAAUUUGUUCGCACGCACAACAGUUUAUGAUGGCCCAGAAGACUUUGCAGCCUUGAUGAAGUUCGAUCUUAGAGAUUCAAUUUUUCGUAUCUUAGGAGUAGUUGAUCAGGUUGAGGAAUUCAUCUCAAACAUUUCAAUCAACAUUGGUGAUAUUGAAUUUGACUUCGUACGAUGUGAUAAGGAACUCGAGGAUGCUGUUAUGAGAGAAAUUCAACUUGAGGUUGAUGGUGCAAGAGCUUGUGUUGGUGCAGGAGGCCCAACUGAUCCACUUCCCACAAACUAA